AAGAAAAGUUCCAUCGCAACACACUUGCAAUUGGCUUACAGGACACUCUUUUUUCACACUCUUUUUUCACUCUCCAUUGUUGAGAAUGAUCUGAAGAAAAUUGCUGUCUUGGUCAUGGAGAAGGCCAAGGAGAUUUGUGAGAAGAGAUCGCUGACUGACUUUGAAGCGGUGGCCACCGAGGGAGAUGCUAGAAAUGCACUAUGCGACGCUGUGGAAAAGCGUUAUGCUGACAUGUUGAUCAUGGGAAGCCAUGGUUAUGGCAGCUUCAAGAGGGCAAUUCUGGGCAGUGUCAGUGACUAUUGCGCACACCACGCUCCCUGCAGUGUAUUGAUUGUCAAAAAGCCCAAGGCAAACGCAAACCACUGAGAAUGCACU